CUCUACGACGCUCGGGGUGACCGGGCUCUGCACAUAUUCGUUGUCGAAGAGCGCACUAUUUAUCCUCACGAUUCCCCGUAUCUUAAUCCUGCUAUUUGACGACACCCUUCCCAACCUCAAACACCACCACAACGCGCAAUGCCUGGCACACAUCUUCUCCCCCCCAACCUUCUCAAGCUCUUCGCCCCGCGGCCGCCCCUGCCCUACACGCGACCGUUGGACCGGGAUAUCGACCGCGUCAGGCCUAAAAAUGUUGAAGGCGUUGGCCACAUCCUCGCCCAGCUGCGGGAGGCGAGGACGCAAGACCUAAUUGACUCCGGCAAUGCCGCCAAACGCGAGGAAGAUGCGAUGGAGGAGGGCGAGGAGCCCACGUUCACCUACGCAGAGGAGACGAAGCGGCAGAUUCGGAGAGAGGAGCGCAAGCAAAAGAAGGCCGAGGACUUUGCGAAAGCCAAGGACAACUACAAGCCCGCCGAAGACCCGGAAGCUACUGGAGACCCCUACAAGACCCUUUUCAUCUCUCGCUUGCACAAGAACGCAUCCGAGAGCGACCUCAGGCGUGAGUUCGAGAGCUUCGGUAGCAUUGAGCGGGUGAGGAUAGUGCGCGACAAGAACGGGCGCAGCAGAGGCUACGCCUUCAUAGUAUUCGAGCGCGAGCGCGACAUGAAAGCUGCGUACAAGGAAUCAGACCGGCUCCAUAUCAUGGGCAAGCGCGUCCUCGUCGACGUUGAGCGCGGUCGCACAGUCAGGGGAUGGAAGCCCCGCCGCCUCGGCGGUGGCCUGGGUGGUAGGCCCAAGCCUGAAGCGCCUGCCUUCAUUGGAGGUGGUGGCAGCAGCAGCGGUGGCCCACGCGGCGGCUUCAGGGGUGGAUUCCGCGGUGGUGACCGUGGCGGUGACCGUGGAGGCUUCCGUGGUGGUGGACGCGGAGGAGGGUUCCGUGGUGGGCGUGGUGGGUUUGGUGGCGGCGAUAGGUUUGGCGGUCCACGAGACGACUUUGGUGGAGGUGACCGCGGCGGCCGUGGCGGCUUCGGCGGAGGCUUCAGAGGACGCGGUGGAGGCGGCCUCGGAUACCAAGGCGGCGGCGGAUUCGGCGGUCCCGACCACGGCUCCAACAACUACGGCGGAGGUCCUCCAGGCGGCGGAUUUGGUGGUGGCCCUGGAGGGCCCGGCGGACCUGGUGGUUACGGUCCUCCAGGCGGCGGACCCGGUGGACCUGGUGGGUAUGGCGGCCCUCCUGGUGGUGGGUUCGGCGGAGGUGGAGGAUUCCGUGGGGACCUCAAGCGCGAAGGUGGUCCUGGUGGGUUCGAGGACCGCGACGCCAAGCGUCCGCGCUACUAGUGCCCCUUUCUCCCUUUUCUUCUUCUCUUGCUGCCGCACGCGGCCCCUCGACCUUUGCUUUCGCAGUGCUCCUGGGGCGUGUGGUUUGUUCACGUUCUGCGUCUGUGUUCCGCUUUUGCUCCACCGCUUGCGUAAGUAUUGUAUCUCGCCCUGUACCUCCCCUCCCCUCUCGCAAGCACAGGUAAUAGCCGAGGCAAGUAUGUAUAAAAUUGCGAUCGUAUCAGC